UGUUCCUUGGCUCCGUCUGGGCCGAAGGGGAGAUCUGGGCAGCCUCGCAACCCCCUCUGGAUUACUUCAUGGCCCCCCUGGGGGUCACAGCCCCCGGGUUGGGGACCACUGGGUUAGGAGAUGUAGAACAAAAAAUAUCACAGCAGGAUUUUGGUGCGGACUUAGAUAUUGACACCUGCUCAUCAUUUUUAUCCAGCAAAGCUUCAUUGAAAGCGAACCUUACUGCCUCAGGUCCUCAGCUCAAUGAUGAAUUUCCGAGAGAAACCUUCACUUUUAACUGCCCCUUGCCUGGCAAUGUUGAAGAUUUCAAUAUAAAACUGUUCAAAGGGCAGCAUGAAGGAGUAGUCUGUGCUCUCUACGUAGACAAAGGGAAAGUACAGAGUCACAAGAGUGAGUCAUGUGAUCCAGUGCAUUCUGGUGAUAAAGUGUCAUUUGUACUCAAAAAAUUGAAAAAUAAGGAUAGUGAUACCUAUAUCUGCUGCCUAGAAGUUCUUAUGCCAGUAUAUCGUUGCUGCGAAACAACUGAAAAACAUCUCUAUGUCCAAGAAGAAUCCUGCUUGUUAUCAGAAUUCACAUCAUGGAUACUCGUUGGACUCACUGUUCUUUCCGUUGUUGCCUGUAUCUUUUGUUUAAUAGCUUGUUGUCUGAAAAAUGUGAUUUGCCACCAUUCCUCUAGCCCUCAUGACUACAACAAUGAAUAUAUGCCCAUGGCAGCUGUGAAACCCAGCUAAUAAUUCACCACCCUCAGGUGUGAACUCUGGUAUACAGCAGUGAGAGCACAACAAGGAAGAAACUCCCAUCCACUUCGCAGUUUUGACUUUGGGUUCACAUGCUGACUUCUGCUGAGGAAGAAAACUUCUUGUGCCAUAGCAACGUUUUCUCAUUGUGUCUUGCUUAAGCCAUUCUUUGUAUGUGAAGCGACCCAAACAUGCCAAAACAACACUGAUCAAAUAACAUAGGUCUGUGGUUUGCUUUUUGCAGGGACUUUUUGUGGCUGUACAGAAAACUGCCUUUACAGCUGGUUUCCUCUACCCUGCCCCCAAAACCAGCAGCUGAGUAAAAUAACCAGAGCUAUCCACCACUAUGCUGCACAUACCGUUAUUGCAAAUAUCUCCUUUGUAACCUGUUCAGUAUCAGGCAAAUAAUUCCUUCAUUAUGUGGCUACACAAGUACUGGUAUAGUGCAGUGGCCGGAAUGCAGAAUUUGCUUCCCCUAGAUCAGAGGUGGAGAACCUCAGGCCCAGGGGCCAUAUGUGGCCCUCCAGGCCUCUCCGUCUGGCCCUUGAGACUCUCCUCAGGCCACCCUCCUCCCUAGGCUAAACCCUGACCAGCUGUGCUUCACCCCCACCUCCAGUUCUUUUGCCUGGCUGGGAUAAGUCCUUGAACUAUAAUAAUGCCUCUGGCUUGCCUUGAUGGAGAGAUGCAAGUGUAGAAAUCUCUGAGAUGUGCAUGGCUGCACUGUACAAAGACGAGUGGAAGACACCUGGGCUUGUUGGGAACACUCCCCACCCAUGGACUUAUAAGCAGUGCCGCUGUGGAUCACCCUGUUGAGUUACACUGAGGGUGAGGGCGCUGCCCCAUUUUGUUGUUGCUUUUAUGGGUAUUGCGGGGGGGACAGUGGAGUUAAGAAUGAUUGUGGGUGCUUCCUGGUGAGAGCUGGCAGCUUCAGGAUCGGGGAGUGUGUAAUUUUGUGCCACCUUUUAGUGAGAGCUUAAUUUAAGGAGAGAGCCCCAGAGGUUUGUGAGUGCUCCUGCCACCUAUAAAUACCAGAGCUUGGAAGUAAUUUGUUACAAGUAACAAAUUACUUGUAAUUCAUUACUUUUUUGAGGAACAAGUGGGUAAUUCCUUUACAUUUUGAUUGUAAUAGAACUAGGAGUAAUUUUAUUACUUUUGUGGAAUAACUGUAAUGUUUCCAGCAUUACUUCGGGGCAUUACUUGGGGGGAAAGCAGGGGAAGUCUUCUGCUCCUCUGAUUUGUGGAUGAAAAUCAUGUGCCUCAAACUGGUUUUCUGUGCAGCAUCGCUCUUCCCUCAUGCUCUGUGGGUGGGUAGGAGGCAAUGAGGGAGGAGAUGGAGAGUGAGACGGUGUGGAGUGGAGAAAACAAGUGUUUUUAAAAAUGGGCGGUGGUGGUGAAGAAUGGAGUGCAAAAAGGAUCGGGAGGGCAAGAACAUGGAUAAAGGAGAAGGAGGCAGCAGCAGAGUGAAGAUAAAGAACUGUGGAGGUGAAAGAUGACAACAUGUGUAUGUGUGUGUGUGUGUGUGAAUACUGUGUUUGCACUUGGCACACAAGGUGGCCUUCACCACCCUCUCUGGCUACUGUGCUGCAUUUGCAGUAUUUUAACUUUUUUGCAUCUCAGGGGAAAAUGUUUGCUUGGGUGAGUGUCCCUUAGUUGGUGGCAGAGCAGGCUCCGGGAGUUGGUUAAGUGAGAGAGAUUAUGCUGGCCGGCUGAGUGGGGGUGGGUUGCACUUGGUGUGACGUGCAAAGAUCUGAGUAUUGGCCUCUGCCUCCCUCCCCACCUCCCUUGCCAGCGGAGAGACCACCAUUGUUAUCUUAUGAAUAAAAAUAAUUA